CUAAUGUUCCCAUUAAUUGAAUGGUUCGAGGUUCUUUCCGACCUCAGCCGUCACUCUCACCUCAUCCCCCAUUCCAUCGUGGACAAGGCCGUCCAAUCACAAACAAGCCAAGUGCACAUAAGGAGGCGGAGCCGAGCACUGAAACAGGGUGUGGUCCUGAAACCAGCAAGUCUCCAACAGUUCCCCUAAACCUGUGAGAGUUUCAGCCUCUGGAUUUUUACCAAAAGAAGCCUUGGAGGACAGCUCCCACAGAGUAGCUCUUUUCAUGUGUGAGGCCUCCACCUGAUCCCUCACACUGGUGCUGCCGAGGCCUGGGAUCCUCUGGGCUGGGUGUGCUGCCUGCUCCGACUGAGCAGGAGUUGAGAGCUGAGGACCUGUUCUCAGCAGGACUUUCACAGGAGCAAAAGAAAAAAGCAAGUCGUCACCAUGCUGGGGGAAGCUUGGUCAAACAUUUUAGAGUUGCACAAUGCUGUAUUACUAAGAACCGAUGUCAGAGUCAGAGACUACCCUCUGAUGCAGAGUCCCGUAGGGAAUAUCCUCAUCCUGUUGGCCUACGUCUUCUUCUCUGUGUACGUCGGGCCUCGCCUGAUGGCCAACCGCAAACCUUUUAGUUUAAAACCAGCCAUGCUCGUCUACAACCUCAGCAUGGUUGUACUGAACGCCUACAUAGUGUUGGAGUUCUUGUUGUCUGGAUGGGGCACCACCUAUACAUGGAGAUGUGACCUAGUCGACACGUCCACCAGCCCUGAGGUUCUCAGAAUGGUUCAAGUUUGUUGGCUGUUUUAUUUUUCAAAAUUCAUUGAACUCCUCGACACAGUAUUCUUUGUGCUGAGGAAGAAACAAGGCCAGAUCACGUUUCUCCACGUGUUCCAUCACUCCUUCAUGCCGUUGACAUGGUGGUGGGGCGUCACACUGACUCCUUCUAGUGGAAUGGGCAGCUUCCACGCCAUGGUGAAUGCAGGCAUCCACGUUAUCAUGUACUUCUACUACGGACUCUCUGCUGCAGGGCCUCGCUUCCAGAAAUACCUGUGGUGGAAGAAGUACAUGACUGCCAUACAGCUUGUUCAGUUUGUCCUGGUCUCCGUCCACAUCAGCCAGUACUACUUCAUGGAGAAAUGUGACUACCAGGUGAAGUGGUAUAUCCACCUGAUCUGGAUGUACGGAGUCUUCUUCUUCCUGUUAUUCUCCAACUUCUGGGUGCAGACCUACAUAAAGGGAAAGCGGCUGCCCGCCUCAAACGACAAGCCGAAGAUGAACGGCUCCACCAGCGAACCCAUCGCUGUGGUGGCCAACGGCAAGCACAAGGAGAAUGGACACGUGUCCCACUACACCAACGGCAAAAUCGUCAUGGGCAAAGUAAAGGAGAUCUAACUUAAGUGACUGGGAUUGAGAAGGAAGAACAGCAGGUGGCUCUAUAGCGCCACCUGUCCUUCAUUGUUCAUAUAGUAGCAUAUUGAGGUGACACAGAUUCCGAUAUACUGCUUCUGUUCAUAAUAAUUAGUCUAGUCUUUUAAGCAUAUGCACAUUUAUUGGGAUAUGCCAUAUUGUUUUUGGUGGUGAUCUCUACAUGUUACACACACUGUUGGUUCUUGUGAAAACUAUUGACUGUGACACACGCUACAUGAAGAUUGCUGCUCAUCUAGUCACUGAUGGUGUUCUCCGACUCGAACUUUACCCACACUGCCGUUCGGCCAGCAUGACCCCGGCUGUUUGAUAAUUAUCCCACCGUUCCCGAUGAAAGACUUGCACGUGUAAAUACCUGCCACAAAGCGUAUGCCAAAACAAAGGUUUUAAUUCAAUUGUUUUCUUCUUUUGUCUGUUCUUAUUUAUCAUUUGAAAUAAAAAAACAAAAAACUGAUUAAUGUCUGUCAUUUUGGAAAAAGUUGUGUGGUGUGCAGUAUUGUAAGAAAUGUACCACACCUCAAUUUUUCAAUUUUAAGAAUUGUGGAAAUGAAAUGUUAAACUGUAUAUUACAGUAAUCAAUAGACUUUUGCAUUUUUUGCAUACUGAGGUAAUGAGGUGUACACUGCUUUUGUGUGAUCAUGCAUGUCUGAGUUUUGCAACUUUGUAUGGUCUAUUCUAUCAGCCCACUCUGAGUGAAGUUAACAGUUAAUGCUGUAGAUGCAGUUUCAUGAAUAUGCACAUGCAUAUGUGUUUCUGUUAAAUACACCGAGGAAGACUAUAGAGUUGUGAAGUGCAAGA